CCCUCCAGAGCCCUGACCCCUGACCCCUUGGAGCCUGAGGACUCUGCUCCCUGGGGCGGCUUCCAGCUCAGGCCGCCCCUGCCCGCAAUGGCCGUCCUCCCUCUGCUCCUCUGCCUGCUGCCGCUGGCCCCUGCCUCGUCUCCGGCGCAGCCAGCCACUCCCAGCCCGUGUCCCCGCCGCUGCCGCUGCCAGACACAGUCCCUGCCCCUCAGCGUGCUCUGCCCGGGGGCAGGCCUCCUGUUCGUGCCCCCCUCGCUGGACCGCCGGGCAGCCGAGCUGCGCCUGGCGGACAACUUCAUCGCGGCCGUGCGCCGCCGCGACCUGGCCAACAUGACCGGCCUGCUGCAUCUGAGCCUGUCGCGUAACACCAUCCGCCAUGUGGCAGCCGGCGCCUUUGCUGACCUGCGCGCCCUGCGGGCCCUGCACCUGGACGGAAACCGGCUGACCUCGCUGGGCGAGGGUCAGCUGCGCGGCCUGGUCAACUUGCGCCACCUCAUCCUGAGCAACAACCAGCUGGCGGCCCUGGCGGCCGGCGCCCUGGACGACUGCGCAGAGACACUCGAGGAUCUCGACCUGUCCUACAACAACCUGGAGCAGCUGCCCUGGGAGGCCUUGGGCCGCCUGGGCAACGUCAAUACGUUGGGCCUCGACCACAACCUGCUGGCCUCCGUGCCUGCUGGUGCCUUUUCCCGCCUGCACAAGUUGGCACGGCUGGACAUGACCUCCAAUCGCCUGACCACCAUCCCGCCCGACCCGCUCUUCUCCCGCCUGCCGCUGCUGGCCAGGCCCCGCGGCUCCCCUGCCUCCGCCCUGGUGCUGGCCUUCGGCGGCAACCCCCUGCACUGCAACUGCGAGCUGGUGUGGCUGCGGCGGCUGGCCCGGGAGGACGACCUGGAGGCCUGCGCCUCCCCACCCGCUCUGGGCGGCCGCUACUUCUGGGCCGUGGGCGAGGAGGAAUUUGUGUGCGAGCCCCCCGUGGUGACUCACCGCUCGCCGCCCCUGGCGGUGCCUGCAGGCCGGCCAGCUGCCCUGCGCUGCCGGGCAGUGGGGGACCCCGAGCCUCGCGUGCGUUGGGUGUCACCCCAGGGCCGGCUGGUGGGCAAUUCGAGCCGUGCUCGUGCCUUCCCUAACGGGACGUUGGAGCUGCUGGUCACCGAGCCGGGCGAUGGUGGCAUUUUCACCUGCAUUGCGGCCAAUGCGGCUGGUGAGGCCACCGCGGCUGUUGAGCUGACCGUGGGUCCCCCCCCACCUCCCCAGCUAGCCAACAGCACCAGCUGUGACCCCCCGCGGGACGGGGAUCCUGAUGCCCUCACCCCGCCCUCUGCUGCCUCCGCCUCUGCCUCCGCCUCCGCCAAGGCAGCUGACACUGGGCCCCCUACCGACCGUGGUGUCCAGGUGACUGAGCAUGGCGCCACAGCUGCUCUUGUCCAGUGGCCAGAUCAGCGGCCUAUCCCAGGCAUCCGCAUGUACCAGAUCCAGUACAACAGCUCAGCCGACGACAUCCUCGUCUACAGGAUGAUCCCCGCCGACAGCCGCUCUUUCUUGUUGUCGGACCUGGCGUCGGGCCGCACCUACGAUCUGUGCGUGCUGGCAGUGUACGAGGACGGCGCCACAGGGCUGACGGCCACGCGGCCCGUGGGCUGCGCCCGCUUCUCCACCGAGCCGGCGCUGCGGCCCUGCGGGGCCCCGCACGCACCCUUCCUGGGUGGCACCAUGAUCAUCGCCCUUGGUGGAGUCAUCGUGGCCUCGGUACUGGUCUUCAUCUUCGUGCUGCUUAUGCGCUACAAGGUGCACGGCGGCCAGCCCCCCGGCAAGGCCAAGGCACCCGCACCCGUCAGCAGCGUUUGUUCGCAGACCAACGGCGCCCUGGGCCCCACACCGGCCCCGCCCGCCCCUGAGCCCGCGGCGCCCAGGGCCCACACCGUGGUCCAGCUGGACUGUGAGCCCUGGAGGCCCAGCCACGAACCCAUGGGACCCUAGCCUCUCGCCCACCUCUACGGCCGUUCUGGCCCCAGGGGUGGGAGGACCCAGGCACCCCAUGGGACCUGGCCUCAGA